AUGAAGGGUGGGGGUGGGGGUGGGGGUGUUUCAUCGUCAUACUCCUUUCCGGCCAAGAGAAGAUGGAAGAGUCUGGUGAUGGCGGUGCUUGGCCUGGUAUUUCUUUCCAUGCUCGUCCCUCUUGUCUUCUUGCUCGGCCUCCACAGCGGUUUCCACUCUACCAUGGGUAACCCUCUUUUUUCCUUACCUGCUCCGUACCUCUUCCGAUUAGAUCUGGCUCACUGUACCUUAAAUUCUUCUGCUUUCCAGUCAGGAUAUGGUACUGAACCACGGAAUUCAGGCUCAAACGAUUUAAGAGUUUUUGAUCAACACAAUCCUACUGAUAUUAGUAAUCAAUCUAAGGUUCGCCAAUCAACUCAUACAGAUGAUCUUAUAAGGAGAUUGGUUCCAACCCUUCCACAGGAUAGCAAGCCUCCUAUUGUCAAAGGUCGCACUAGUAACAAUAUGAUAGUGGUUGACGAGAGUGAAAUGAUAUGUCAAUUAAAGUUUGGGAGUUACUGCUUAUGGCGCCGAGAACAAAAGACAAAGAUGGAUGACUCUAUGGUUAAGAGGAUGAAGAACUUAUUAUUUGUUGCUCGUGCUUAUUAUCCAAGUAUUGCAAAACUUACUUCACAGGAGAAUUUGUCUCAUGAAAUGAAACAAAAUAUUCAGGAUUUUGAACGUGUUCUUAGUGAAACCACAACAGAUAAAGACCUUCCUCGACACUAUGAGCACCAGAUGACUGUGAUGGAGGCUUCUAUUGCUAAAGCGAAAUCAUGCCAUGUGGACUGUAAUAAUGUUGAUAAAAAGUUUCGACAACUGGUCGACCUGACUGAGGACGAAGCAAAUUUUCACAUGAAGCAAAGUGCCUUCCUCUACAAACUGGCUGUUAAAACCAUGCCUAAGAGUCUACAUUGCCUAUCAAUGAGAUUGACGGUAGAAUAUUUUAGAUCUUCUGUGGACAUUGAGGAGACACUGGUUAAGAAGUUUGUAAACCCAGACUUUUUCCACUAUAUCAUCUUCUCCAGGAAUAUACUAUCAUCAUCUGUAGUAAUAAAUUCGACUGUUCUACAUGCAAAAGAAACUGAUAAACAGGUUUUCCAUCUGCUGACAGACGAGGAAAAUUACUUCGCUAUGAAAUUAUGGUUUUCCAUGAACAAGUAUGGGAAUGCUGCGGUUCAGGUUCUGAACAUCAAGGACCUGGAGUUGCAUAGUCAUCAUAAGCGAGACUUGUCAUCCCUUUGGAACCUUGACAUGGGAGGAAAAGUAAACGGUGUAGUGCAGUCAUGUGCAGUGAAGUUAUUUCACCUGAAAAAAUACUUGCCUGUUAGUAGCAGUUUUGACGAAAAUUCUUGUUCCUGGACGUCUGGGAUAUCUGUCAUUGAUAUAUCUAGGUGGAGGAUUUACAAUCUUACCAGAACAUAUCAGCAGUUGGUACAUGAGAUGAGCAGAGAAGAUGGGUUAUUUGAAACUAGUACGUUAAGUGCCGGCUUGCUCACAUUCCAAGGUCUAGUGUAUGGUCUUGAGGAUAGUUGGAUGUUAUCUGGUCUGGGUUACAACUACGAACAUAAGUUGCAAAAAGUGGGUUCAGCUGGAGUAUUGCAUUUUGAUGGGAGCAUGAAGCCGUGGCUUGAGCUUGGCAUACCCAAGUACAAAAGAUUUUGGAGGAAAUAUCUCAACACACAGAAUCACUUCUUGAGCGAGUGUAAUGUAAAUCCGUAGAAGUUAUUAUAGCUGCUCUUUUUCUUCUGAAAAAUUGAGGUGAUGACUGUACACUACUGGACAUAUGGAGUCCAAGGGAAAAGCUUCAGCCAAUGGGUCAAAUUUGAUGCAGGUAAUCCAUGUGUGUGUGUUUGAAUUUGAAAGGAAAUCUCUUAUUUGUGUUGGUUGCUGUGGUUGAAGUAAACACCGAGUUCAGUUCUGGCGAUAAGACGUAUAAUUUUAGUUUUAUUUUUUUAAAUUUUUUCAUGUUUGCCUAUGGGAGAACUGGCAUUCAGGAAUCUUGGCCGGAAAAUGAUUGGUCAGUGCCAGCCGUUGAGGGGUACUAUUAUGCUGUGUGGCUGCUAAAUCUUAGCAUGCGAAUAUUAUUUUGUACCUUUUGCAUGCCUGGCAAAUACAGUAUACGUACAUUUAUGAACUCGGAUUGUGUUGCUAUUGUUGCACUGCUUCAUUUAUCAUUUUUGAGAAGAUAAUAAACUACAUUAGAUAAUCGCCAGCAUUUGACAGAGAUUGAAUUUGGAGUUACACGUGAAAAUUGAAGCUGGAGGUGAAAAGUUCAAUAUGAAGACGUGAAUCACGCCAUUGUUUUAUAGCUUUGUGAAUGGUCUGAAUUAUUAAAGUGAAAAAUGUCAAAUCAAUGUUAUGUUGUGAUUUGUAUAGAAGGCAUUUAUGACUGAUUUUGAUUAUUAACGGUAUGCAAAGAAAUUGUUGUGUGGUCCUAAAAUUCAAGAUAUUCGUGGAGAGGGGAGGUGCAUUUAUUAUUACUCAAUUGGCAACUAAUAACCAUCAACAAACUGGACUACCAAUUAGGGUGACAAG